CGCACCGGGUUGCGGAAUGUGGCCGAAUUCCCUUUCUGGCGGGUGCGGGCCCGAGGGCGAGCUGCUGGGGUUCGGGGGCUCGUGCGGCGCGGGCCCGCCGCCCAUGGCCGCCUACCUCAAGUCGCCGCCCUACGUCGGCCUGUCCAUGGGCGCCGCCAUGGACUCGCUGCACCACAGCCCCAUGGGCUUCUCGUCGGGCUCGCUGCUGGGCGCCGCCAACGCGCGCAAGCAGCGCCGCGAGCGCACCACCUUCACGCGCGCCCAGCUCGACGUGCUCGAGUCGCUGUUCGGCAAGACGCGCUACCCGGACAUCUUCAUGCGAGAGGAGGUGGCGCUCAAGAUCAACCUGCCCGAGUCCAGGGUGCAGGUCUGGUUCAAGAACCGUCGCGCCAAGUGUCGGCAGCAGCAGAAGCAGCAUCAGCACAGUGGCGGGGACUCGAAGCGGUCGUCGUCGUCCUCGGUCGGCGGCGGCGCCUCCAAGAAGACGCCCUCGUCGUCGACGCCGUCCUCGCACCCGCUGACCAGCGGUGGCGGUGGCGGCCUCCCCGGCGCGCUCCCGGGGUCGACGGGCUGCAAGCCGAGUCUGAACGGGACGACCUCCGUGUCCUCGACGGGCCAGAGGGACUCGCCAUACCUCAAGCCCAUCAUCGGGAACAGCAGCCCCAACCCGCCGACCAUCAACUCGCCCUACGGAGCCUCGUCCAUCUGGAGUCCAGCGGCCAUCGACGGGUGUCUGGAGUCUAGAAACUACCCUCCGACCAGCGUGCCUGCGCCGCCCGUGCCGCCCCCGGGCUCAGCGGCGUCCGGGACGGGGGGCGGCGCGGGGGCCGGCAGCACCCCCGGCGGCGGCGGGGGUACCGGCGGCGGGGGCCAACCUUCCUGGGGGCAGGGGUACUACUAUUCAAAUAUGGAUUACCUGGGCCCGGGUGCUGCACAGCUCAACGUUGUACAGGACAACAAUUUGGAUUCUGUUUGGCCAAAGCGUGAGGAUCCAACAUGGUUCUACAACUCAAGCAGCUGGGAGAGAAAGUAAAGUCAAAUUUUUUUUUAAAUUAUUAGUAAGAUACAGUGAAAUGAGGUCUCUUUUAAUCUUUCGAAGUGGAGGCUAAACCUCAGUUACCCCAUGAUAGUCACAGGAAGGCUAAUAUGUCUCUCAUCUUAAGUAAUGAAGAAUGCACAAAAAUAAAACAAAAUACCUUAUUCAGAUUGUGAAAACAAUAACGUAAUAAUGAUUGCUGUUACCGUUUGUCACAAAUGGCUUCUGAUUUGUUCAAAAAUGUAAAGUAUAAUGCAAGAAUUUGACUUAGAUCAUACAUGCAUUAUGACAAUAUCAUAUCCGCUCAUUUUUGUGAUUACCAAGUUAAACUUCAGGUCUAACUAUUCUAUCAACUCAUCUUCUUUCAGCCAUCAAUCAUUGUUUCGUUGCUGUGUUUCCUUUGGCCUAGUCAAUUUUGACUCUAUAUGUCACUGUCUACAUUUCCAAACUUACCAACAGUGUGAGAAAAACUAGAUAAGCAAAGUCAUGUAGUAUGUACAUUUAAGUUGAUGCUCCGUUAUUUUGCCUUUGGAGGGACAUGUAAGCUGAUAGUCAUUCAAUUUCUCGGAACACAAGAUGACAUAUUUGUCAUUUUGUAUCACAUAUCUGUUGGUUCUUCGUUCUAGCAUAGAUACAUUUAAAACUAAGAUUAUGUAAAUAUUUAUCACAUAAAUUAUUUUCAGACAUUUCAACACAAGUUUUACAAUGUGAUUUUACCUUGUAAGAGGCAAUUUUUGUAAAGGGACGUAUCACACAAUUAGACAUUAUAUUGGUAGGUAAGUUUGCUUCUCAUUAAAUAUAACUUGUUAAAUUGCCAUAUUUGUUCUGUUCUUCAGAUGUUUUUUUCAAAAUGUUUAAAAUCGUAAAACUAUGUACCCGGGAUAAAAUGUUAACUGAGGCAGGGCUGAGGUCACAUUGCUGUUACCUGGGUACAUCUGAGUAAAAACGCGAUUAGCUCGCAAUUGCUGAUUCAGCCAUAUUCAGCUCUAAAAAUGCUGAGCUGGGGACCAUUCCGAGCUAACAAUUAAGUGAUGACUUUGUGCACAUGUUUUCAGUAUUUGCCAGCAUCGAAUACAGGAGCUGAGAUUUGGUGACAAUAACUGACGUAGCCAUUACCGCGUACUUUAGCUAUACUCAGGCUUUGACAUCUACCUGAAUCUAACUGACAACACGCUCUCAGUAUUUGUCACUUAUUCUCGGCCCGCUGCCCACUACUGACGAAUACCGAUAACACGCCCAGACAUUCGUCAGCUAAUUGUCAGAUGAAAACACUCUUCGGCUCAGUUAAACGAAGAGCUGAAAAUUACUGGAAAAAGCAGAAUCAGCAAAUCUCGGCAAUGUGUGCGUCGACUCAGCUUUGGUCGCGAAUCGGCUUCGUCUCUUCAGUUAUCGAAUCGAGAGAAUAUUGUACCUGAGGCAGAGCGCGACCAAAGCUGAGUCGACGCACACAUUGCCGAGAUUUGCUGAUUCUGCUUUUUCCAGUAAUUUUCAGCUCUUCGUUUAACUGAGCCGAAGAGUGUUUUCAUCUGACAAUUAGCUGAAGAAUGUCUGGACGUGUUAUCGGUAUUCGUCAGUAGUGGGCAGCGGACCGAGAAUAAGUGACAAAUACUGAGAGCGUGUUGUCAGUUAGAUUCAGGUAGAUGUCAAAGCCUGAGUAUAGCUAAAGUACGCGGUAAUGGCUACGUCAGUUAUUGUCACCAAAUCUCAGCUCCUGUAUUCGAUGCUGGCAAAUACUGAAAACAUGUGCACAAAGUCAUCACUUAAUUGUUAGCUCGGAAUGGUCCCCAGCUCAGCAUUUUUAGAGCUGAAUAUGGCUGAAUCAGCAAUUGCGAGCUAAUCGCGUUUUUACUCAGAUGUACCCAGGUAACAGCAAUGUGACCUCAGCCCUGCCUCAGUUAACAUUUUAUCCCGGGUAUGGCCAGAACAUAUUUGUUGUAGAUAUAUAUUGUAUUGGUCUUAUUAUUAUAAAAAUGUACUGUUUUCUCGUUGGUUAACGUUGAACAAA